GGGCAUGUUUGUAUAUCCAUAGCUGGUAUGUUGUAGGCGGAUGUACUUAUUUUCUGUUUCAGAUGAAGGUUCAGUACGAGUCCAGUGAGAGACAGAAACAAGCUCUGGCACAUCAAAGCGAAGAGUUAAGCGAUAUGAUUCACGACCUCAAGUCAGAGGAAACUCGCCUGAGACUCGAGCUGGAGAGGAGCGAAGCGGAGAACGAACGGCUGAUGAGAGACCUGGAACGCGCGAAGGACACCGCUGAAGAACUACAGGACACCACCGCAGCCAACAUCCGGAUGUCCAUGCAGAUGCGCGACGUACAAGGAGAGCAGAAGCGCAUGCGCAGAGAGCUGGAUCGCGUCUGCGCAGAUAAAGCGGAACUGGAAGACUGCCUACAAGACGCCAACUCUUCGUACAACAAGCUGAAAAUGGACCUGGAUAUGAUGAACGACAGCAUCAUCGGCCUGCAGAGGUCGCUGGUGGCCGCGGAGUCUGAGAGAAGUCUGCUAUGGGAUCGACUGGCGCAAGCACAGAAGGACAAAGAACAGAUGAUGGAGGAACUAAUUCUCACGGCGGAAGAAUUCGAGGGUAUUUAAAUCUCCCGUAGUCUUCCGUAGUAUUCUUUACCCCACAGUGACCUAUAGGAGACACACAUUUUCACAACGGUCGAAUGAAAACGAGACGAGACAUUAAAGUAACAGGACAUACAGUAAAUGAUACUCGAAGAACGAAGAGUA